UGGGGUUAAAUUCCUUUUUUAAAAAUCACACAGAUUUUGAACAGAACUCAGAAUUGAGCAAACAGGAACUGGUGUCACACAUUGACAGGACCAUCUCUACUGCUGUGUUUCGGCGGCAACAGGGAUCACAGACUGCAGACUGACAGCUCUGGUUACCACCAAAGAGAACACCGUCACCAUGGGUGAACCAAACACUCCUUUCUAUGUGCUUGACUUCGAAUCCUUUUACGAAGAGACGUUCAACGUCACGCUCGACGACAGCACCGUCUACGAGAUGAACGAGAAGACCCUGGUCUGUGCCGAUGCGGCCCUGCCAACCGUGGUUCGCGUCGUCAUGAGUUGCUUCUACGUCCACAUCUUCCUGGUGGCUCUGCCCGGGAACCUGGUGGUGGGGCUGGUCGUAAGGUCCUGCAAGCAGAGCCUCUCCCCCUCGGACGUCUACCUGUUCCACCUGGCGGUGGCCGACACCCUGCUGGCGCUCACCCUGCCCUUCUGGGCCGCCUCGCUGGUGUGGGGCUGGGUGUUCAACAGCACCCUGUGCAAGCUGGUCAGCCUGGUGCGGGAGGUCAACUUCUACAGCAGCAUCCUGUUCCUGGUGUGCAUCAGCGUGGACCGCUACCUGGUGAUCGUGCGCGCCAUGGAGACCAGGAGGGAGCGGCGGAGGCUGUGGAGCUGGGUCGUGUGCGGUGCCGUCUGGGCGGCGGGAGCCGUCCUCUCCCUGCCCGUGCUCUAUUACGAGGUCUUUGUCCCCGAAGGGGGGAAGCAGGCGGUGUGCAUGGAGAACCACGACCCGGAGAACGCGCGGGCGCUGCGCCUGGUCACCCGCCUGCUGCGCCACACGCUGGGCUUCCUGCUGCCGCUGGCGGCCAUGCUGGGCUGCUACUGCGUGACGGUGGCGCGGCUCCUCCGCACGCGCGGCUUCCAGAAGCAGCGCGCCAUGCGGGUCAUCGUGGCCGUGGUGGCCGCCUUCCUGCUCUGCUGGACGCCCUACCACGCCGCCGCCAUGGCCGACACCCUGAUGAGGGCCCGGGUGGUGGGCUACGGGUGCGCGGCUCGCCAGGCCGUGGACCUCGCCCUGUCCGCCACGCAGAGCCUGGGGCUCCUGCACUGCUGCGUCAACCCCGUGCUCUACGCCUUCAUCGGGGAGAAGUUCCGCAGGAACCUGCUGCACCUCUGCAGGAGGAAGGGGGGCCUGGAGCGCAGAUCCGCCUCUCGCUACAGCCGCUCCACCUCCCAAACCUCGGAGGCCAUCUCCCCUGUCAUGUGACCAGGGACACUGCUCAAACCUCAGAGGCCAACUCCCCUGUCAUGUGACCAGGAACGUUGCUCAGACCUCAGAGGCUAAGUCCCCUGUCAUGUGACCUGGAACAUAGCUCAAACCUCAGAGGCCAACUCCCCAGUCAUGUGACCAGGAACACUGCUCACACCUCAGAGGCUAACUCCCCUGUCAUGUGACCAGGAAAAAUAAUGGUUAGGGAACUGGGAUCAUAACUUUAAGGUUGCCAGUUCUGUUCCCUGGUAGGACAGUGCCAUUGUACCCUUGAGCAAGGUACUUACUAUAACCUGAAUUGCUUCAGUCUGCACCCAGCUGUUUAACUGAAUACUAUCUAAAAAUGCAAAAGUUGUAGUUGUUGUUGCUCUGGAUAAGAGCAUGUGAUAAUGCCUGUAAUGUAAAGUAAUUUUGGGUUGGGGGAGGGGGGAGGGGAGAGGGUUGCUGAAAGCGCAUGCAUUGUUUAAAUUGAACUGUCUCACAGAUCAUCAUCGAUCCCUCAACAAGGAAACCAAGGUCUUGGCCUAUUUCUAUAGAAAUGUUUGUGAUUCAUUAUCUCAUUUUCAAAGUUUCAUUUGCACAUUAAACAUGACCACAAAUA